CACCCGCUUCCAGGCAGUCAAGUGACUCCACCUCCUUGUGACGUCAGCUCAGCAGUGGUGUCUGAGGCAGGUGGCGAGAGGGCGAGUGGGAGAGAGGAGCGGGGCUGCUGGGUGCGCAGGAAAAAUUUUGCAUCCCACAUGAAUUACGAAAACCCUCCACCAUAUCCAGGCCCAGGCCCGACUGCCCCAUACCCACCAUAUACACAACAACCAGGUGGUCCUCCAGGCCCCAACCCAUACCCUGGCUACCCACCAGGGCCUACUGGGCCGUAUCAACCAGGUCAGCCGGGUUAUCAAGGCUAUCCACAGUAUGGGUGGCAGAAUGCGCCUCCACCUCCUGGACCAGUGUACGCAGAUGGACCUAAAAACACAGUGUACAUUGUGGAAGAGCAGAGAAGGGACAACACAGGGGAGAGUGCCUGCCUGACAGCGUGUUGGACUGCUCUGUGCUGCUGCUGCCUCUGGGACAUGCUGACUUGAGUUCCACAGGAAGUCACCACAGUCAAUACCUCUAACUCGGAGUGCUAUGCAUUCUUCUGUGAUCUCUCUUGUUCUGAUGUCUUUCUAUCCAUGUAAUCAAUGAUCCGCUUUGCCCAGCCAACAGUCCAUGUCUGAUGUAGCUCUAGCGCCAUGGUGGUGUUUGCACUCCUUUAAUUUAGUGAAGGGAAAUCCCUUCAUAAUGUAUGUCUAAGAUUUUUGUUGUAUUUUAAAGAAUGUGCUAAAUGAUUUUUUUAUUAUUAUUUUUCGGCCAAAGGCUUCAUUAUUACUCAAUGUGUGUUUAUCAUUUUAAAUUUUAUCUUUCUUGGAAAUGGAGAAAUAUGCAAUAAUUAAAGUCAAUAACUGAUUUUUCUUUGCUAGUUCCCACUUCUGUUUCAAUAAAUUUGUCAGAUACAGAUCA